UUAUAAAAAAAAUUGAAAAUAAAAUUCCUUAUUCCAUCAUGAACAGGUUUCAUAGAAAAAGACAAGCAGUAAUCCAACAGAUACCUCAAGGAUGAAUCAUAGGCUCCCUCGAUGACUUAGGCCUUUCUAAUAUAAACCAUAUCUCGGAGAUCAGUUCUGUUAGCGAAAAACAACUUCCUUGGGACCAAAAUCAGGAGAAUAUCAGCCCUGAAUCUCAAAAUUCCAACAAAAAUCUCGUACCCGAAAAAGUCAGUAAGCAAAUUAAGAAGAUCAGCAAGAUCAGGUUCUUGCCUUCUAACACUCAGGAUAAGAUUAUCGCUUCGAAGAAUAGAGCAAGACUAUCGAGCUAUAACGUGCAAACUAACAAAAUCACCAAUGAGUUUUGCUCCAAAGGAGAAAAACUCAAGGAUUAUUGUACCUCAAUGAAGGCUUCUUUUUAAUAAUAUCAAGGUAAUUUCACCAAAAGUUCAGAGUAACCAGAGGAACAAGGCCUGGAACCUUUCCAGAUGUUGCAACUUUACUAAAGACUCUGACAUCUUUCAAUCUGGGGAGGUUUUGACCUCCUCCUUAGAAGAGAUGAGGUCCUUAAGGCCGAUUGAUAAAGUCUAUGAUCUGAAAACUUCCUUGACCAAAAAGCUUAGGAAGAAUAAGUGAAAGCUAAGAAAUCCCAGUAUUGCUAAUUACCCUAAACCCUUGAAGAAGAAUCGUUGAAGCAGGAGAUUAAAGAAAUCAGUAGCAGGAUUCAGUCCUGCUGAAUCCUGCCAUACCGCCAUUAAGGUUUCUCAAACACUUAGAGAAAGAAGUAAGGAAAGAAGUAAUAGCUCCACUAGAGCUUAUCUUGUAGCUUCACAUCCUAAGAAAUUUGGGGAUCAAAUUUCACAAAUUAAGAUAAAGAAGAGAACUAUUUCUAAUGUUGGAUUAUGCAAAAAAAAGCCCAGACACUUGAAGCCAAAAAAAAAGAGGGAGGUUUUCCUUACCAUCAGGCUUAAAGGAUCAGAGACUAAACCUCGGAAAAAGAAGAAGUUGAACCCAUCCAAACUAUCUUCAAUUAUAAAUUAA